GUUUCGUCAGGGCACUGCGGCGGAUGUUGAUAUUCUGUUUUGGAGACCACAACCAGAGCUAGCUAGCGAGCCUUCGUCGUUGCCGGAGUUUUUUUGUUGUUUGGUUGUUGUCUGACGUUUUUUAAUUGUUUUCAACCAGGGAAGGAUCCACUCCCCAAACGACGGCACCGUGUCUCUCCCGGCGCCUCACCGGGGAAGCGCGAGCCCGAGUCGUGCGAUGAUGGAGGACUUCGACGAGAUCUACGAGGAGGAAGAAGAAGAGGAGGACGAGGAGAGGGCCGCGGAGGAACAGCUGCUAAAGUACGCUCCAGACCCGGUGGUCGUCCGAGGAUCUGGCCACGUCACUGUGUUUGGACUCAGUAACAAGUUUGAGUCAGAGUUCCCAUCGGCACUUACAGGGAAGGUGGCGCCAGAGGAGUUCAAGGCCAGUAUAAACCGUGUUAACGGCUGUCUGAAGAAGACGUUGCCAGUGAAUGUGCGUUGGCUGCUGUGUGGCUGUCUCUGUUGCUGCUGUACACUGGGCUUCAGUCUCUGGCCCGUCAUCUGUCUGAGCAAGAGGACACAGAGAUCCAUGGAGAAGCUGUUGGAUUGGGAGAACAGCAGACUGUACCACAAGGUGUGUAGGGGUGGGAGGAGGACCAGGGAGAACAGCAGACUGUACCACAAGGUGUGUAGGGGUGGGAGGAGGACCAGGGAGAACAGCAGACUGUACCACAAGCUGUGUUUGCAUUGGAGACUGAGCAAGAGGAAGUGUGAAACCAACAACAUGAUGGAAUAUGUAAUCCUGAUAGAGUUCCUACCCAAGAUCCCCAUCUUCAGACCGGACUAGCUCUCCGCGGCCCCACCCACAUCCUCCCAUGGUGCCUCUCUUCACUCGGCCCAGUCACCUCUCCAAAAUGGCCUCCCCUUUCCUCCCCUAACCAGGCCCAUACCCCUAAAACUACACCACCAUUUAGUGUUUACUGAACACUAUCUAGCUCCUCUAUCUAGCCCCUCUAUAUACCCAGAAAACACCUGUUUACACCCUAAAGCCCCUUCUCUGAUAUCAACCUUUGACCCCUGAUCUGUUGGAGGAGCUGUGACCUUUUGACCCCCCUCCCCCCGGGGUGGCCACGUUGACUGUCAUCGGUCUGUGGGUCAUCAUGGGAGACCCAGCUCAGAAAGGGUGUAACGGUACCAUAGAACUGGAGAAAGUGGACUCCUAAUUUUGGACCUGCAAUGAUGAACCUCCUCUUCACAGCCCUUCCCUGUACACGAGGCACAAUCUUUACUCAGAUUUAUACCCCCGUAUAUUGUACCCCAACCUGAACUAUGAGACACUCUGUGCUGUUGGAACAGUUGAUAUUAUACGCUGUUCUAGAACCUCUAUGGAACCGCUGAGGUAACAAUCAAAGGAUUAGCUACGGAACUUCUACAGAAAUUCAAUGGAACUAAUAUAGAACAUUCACAGAACUUCAAUGAAUUAGCAACGGAACAGCUAUGGAACUGACAGAACAUCAUUAGAACGGCUGUGGAACUCCCAACGGAACGUCAUUGGGCUCCCGAGUGGCGCAGCGGUCUAAGACACUGCAUCUCAGUGCAAGAGGCGUCACUGCAGUACCUGGUUCGAAUUCAGGCUGUAUCACAUCCGGCC